AUGGUCCAUACCUUGAAUCCUGGUUAUACCCUCCCAUCCAGGACCCAUUUCACCAAACUCAUGGAGAGAAAAUAUGUGGACACAUUGCAAAAGAUUAUGACUGUAAUUAAAUCAACAAGCAGCAAGCUUGCUCUUACAGCUGAUGUCUGGACCAGCAUUGCCACUGAAGCGUACCUUGGAAUUACAUGUCACUACAUCACAGAAGACUGGGAAAUGCAGUCAAUCUGCCUCACCACCAAACCACUGCAGGACAGACACACUGCAUCCAACAUUGCAGAGUGGUUAGAGGAGGCAGUAACCCGAUUUGACAUUCCUCUCAACAAAAUCAUUGCUCUAGUGCAUGAUAAUGGUGCCAAUGUUGUGGCUGCAGCAAACAUCCUGGAGGAGAAACAUGGGUGGUCCUCUGUCAGUUGUACUGGCCAUACCUUACAACUUGUGAUAAACUCUGCUUUGAAGAAUCAAGCUAUCGAUAAAGCUGUUAGGGCGGCAAGAUGUCUGGUUGAACACUUUAAGAGAAGUGAGCUUGCCACCACAAAGCUUAAAGAAAAACAGAAACAAAUGGCCACACCUGAGCACAACCUAGUCCAAGAUGUAAGCACACGGUGGAACAGCACAUUUUAUAUGAUCACCAGACUGCUUGAACAAAGGUGGCCCGUGACAGCAACACUGUCUGACAGCUCGGUCACACACAAGGACAAAAAGUAUCUGGACCUGAAACCAGACCAGUGGAGCUUGCUUGAGGAGCUUUCGGAGGCUCUUAAGCCUUUUGAAUGUGCCACUGUCUUUAUGAGCGGGCAGACAUACACCACUAUAUCUGCUAUACCUCCACUGGUGAAGGGGCUGUUGAGGUCCACUCUGAGUGCAGAUUUUCAGUCAGCUGCACUGCAGGCUUUCAAGCUUACGACUGUGGAGCAGCUGCAAGAGCGAUGGAAGUUUGAAACAUCUUUUUCAGACACUGCACCAAACACAGUAGUUCUUGCAGCAGCCCUUGACCCAAGGUUCAGGAGACUGAAGUUUCUGUCACCACAGGAAAUCUUUGAUGUCCAGGGCAAAAUCCAAGCAAUGGCAUUUAAAGAGAGAAGGGAGGUGGAUAUGCAGCAGCGAAGCAGUAGCAGGACCACAUCUACCAGUGAUGCAGCUUCUAAAUCAACACCAGGAACUCUUCUUGACUCACUCCUUGACUCUGAUGGUGAUGAAGACAGUCCAGGGCAAGUGGAAACUAGUGCUGAUGAGAAUGUUCGAGUGAGGAAUGAGGUCAACAGUUACUUUGGAGAAAAGAACCUUGCAAAAGAAGAAAGUCCAUUGAAGUGGUGGAAAGAGAACCAAGACAUAUAUCCCAUGUUGGCCAGGCUAGCAAGGUCCUACUUGUCCAUCCCAGGGACCUCAACUCCAUCUGAGCGUCUGUUUUCUGCUGCUGGCAAUAUAGCCUCAAAGAAGCGAGCCAGUCUGAGUCAGGAGCAUGUUGAUAUGCUAACAUUUUUGCAUUGCAAUGCAACUUAUUUGAAGCUCCCUAGAUGCCAGUCCAACUCAGCUUUACCAGGUACCUCAACAGAGCAGGGACAAAAAACUGGGGAGAAAGUAGAGGGAAAAUACCAAACCGUGCCCUUGGAAACUGUGGUCGGGCCAAUCUGCCCCACUCCAAGUUACUCUGAGUAG